CUCCAACAAAACACACACAGAUACACACACACACACCAAACAGCACUGCAACAGCAACCAACAUGCAGGCCGCUUCCAGGAGCGCGGAAGGCCUUGAGGGAGGCAGUGGCGGUGGUGGCGGCGGCGGUGGUGGUGGUGCCAUGCUAGCCGGGACGUCCAAAGUCAGUCAGUUCAUUGUGUCCACCUUACAUCAGGCAUUGAAGGAGCUGCACCGUGUCCUCAGCUCGAACUACCCCUCACAAAGCGGGGAGCACCUGGCAUGGCUGCAAGCGAUGGUGCUGUUUGUCGCCCAAAACCGCGAGCAGAUUGGAAAGCGCACUGUCCAGGGGUUUCCCUUUCAGGCAGGGGAGGACGAUGGCUUCCACCAAGACAUGCUCGCUUACUUGGCAGACAAGCAACUUCUGGUUCAGGACCCUAACGACCCUGGUGUAUACCGCAUCAGCAAUGUCCCUUAUGCCAAAGCAUUUCGACGAUCUGUCCUCGCCCCUGUGCUCAAGCACACAGGGACGUUGUUGCCGUUUGCCGUCGCCAUCCUCCGGGUUGUCAAGUAUCGUGUGACUGCUGGUUGUGAGCGAGCACCUCUGUACGCGGACACGCCAUCGCGAGGGCAGCUCAUCUCCAUGUACCACGAGCUCCUUCUCCUCCUCCAUGCUCAGUACCAAGUGCUCGCUUCGGGGUCAUGUGAUAUGGGCACCGUGACCUUCGAAGCUGUGCUGGUCGUCUAUGCGGAUGAGCCCAGCGAACACGGCGAGCACCGCUACAGCAUGGCUGUCAACACAUCCCAUGUUGAUGCCGGAAUGGACAUGAUUACACAGGCGCUUUUGCGUGAACGCCCCGAGCGCCCCUUUCGUCUCAUCUGCACGCGCGAGCCGUGCAUUCCAGGCUCCAUCCCAUCACAUUGCCUCGGCAUCCACUUCCUCGUGCACGUGACAGACCACCACGGGUUCUUGAACAAAGGCAUGUUGGACCUGCUCGGUGCCAGCGCGUACCACCACGACCACGUUGUCAGUGAUGGUGAUGGCGAUGACGAUGCUGCUGAUGGCGGUGGGAACCUUCAUGAUGGUGGCGAUUGUGAUGACGACGGUGACGAUGAUGAUGUUGGUGGUGAUGGUUGUGGCAGCAGCAACAACAACUCCAACAUUGAGGGCAGCAGCAAGGAGCGCAGAGACGUCGGUGCGAAGCAAAACCCCGAGUGGCUGGAUGCGUUUGCAUGCGACAUGAAGAUGAAGAAGAAGCAUGGAUAUGAAUGCCCACCGCCAGCGGUGGCGACCAACCCCGAGUUACGAGCUGCGUCACAAAGGGCAUUCGAUGAGAUGCUGAACACAUACGCGUCGCGCGAUUUGGCGCGUGACUCGGAAUUAGUGCGGGCGAGGCUUCUUCCUGACAUCAACAAACAGCAGCAGCAGCAGCAGCACGUGUCCUCAUCACAGCCAUCCGCUGCGUCAACGGCAUCGCCUGCCGCACACCACCCCGUCAAGGACAUCACCAGAUCCCUGCAGCAGCAGUCUUUGACCAAGGCCAUGGAUGUGGACAAGGGCCACCCCCACGACGCCGACGACGACGACCACGGCGAUGACGACGACGAUGAUGACGACGACGACGACGACGAUGAUGAUGAUGAUGAUGAUGAUGAUGAUGAUGAUGAUGAUGGUGAUGACGAUGAUGGUUGGUGAUUUGCACUUCCACAUUUCCCAGCCACUGCAACACCACAGUUACUCUUUCCCUGGUUUCCCCCGUGUUACUUUACGCGUGAGCAGCACACGCCCGUUUCUUUUGCUGUUCCUUCUGCUCCCUCGUGCUUGAGGGAGCAUGUGGUCUGUGACUUGUGUCGGAGGGUUGCACACCCGCAACCUUGCUUGUUUCCUCCAGUCAUUUGCGGUUGCUUGCAGGCACUCGCUUUGCCAAUUGCACCCACACAAUUUGUCAUUUGCAAGCGGACAAAAGAAUGAACAGCAGGA